GAACCAACCUCCAGCCGGCUUGGCCCUUGGGCCCAGACAAGGACCCAUUGUCUCAUGCAGCGGCAAGCUUAUACAGAUAUUCCAGAGAGUGGUGGAUGGCCACCAACAUCAAGCUGAGGGCCCACGACGGCCUCUCCCCGCUGGAGCUCAACCAGGCCUUCGACAAGGCUAAGCAACACUUUGAGGACCUCCCCAAGAACUCCAGCUGGGCCAAGAAGAGCUUCGGGGUCUUAGGUGACAAGUUCUGCUGGGUCCAGAAG